UCAGUCAGUGACAAUCUCCAUCUCCUCUACUACAACGCCACAGUCACUGUCUCAAAACAAUUCAGUCAGUGACAAUCUCCAUCUCCUCCACUACAACGCCACGGUCACUGUCUCAAAACAAUUCAGUCAGUGACAAUCUCCAUCUCCUCCACUACAACGCCACGGUCACUGUCUCAAAACAAUUCAGUCAGUGACAAUCUCUAUCUCCUCCACUACAACGCCACGGUCACUGUCUCAAAACAAUUCAGUCAGUGACAAUCUCCAUCUCCUCCACUACAACGCCACGGUCACUGUCUCAAAACAAUUCAGUCAGUGACAAUCUCCAUCUCCUCCACUACAACACCACGGUCACUGUCUCAAAACAAUUCAGUCAGUGACAAAAUAUAGUGAUUGCAUGACUUGGGGAAAGAGUGAUCAAGUUGAAGUAUGACAAAGCAUUGCAUUCUCUACUCCAUAUUGUUGUGGGUGAGUGAGUGAGUGAGUGAGUGAGUGAGUGAGUGAAUGAGUGUCUGACACAGCAUUGCAUACUCUCCUCCAUAUUGUUGUGGUGGAGUGAGUGUCUGACAAAGCAUUGCAUACUCUCCUCUAUAUUGUUGUGGUGGAGUGAAUGAGUGAGUGAGUGAGUGUCUGACAAAGCAAUGCAUACUCUCCUCCAUAUUGUUGGGGUUGUGUGAGUGAGUGAGUGUCUGACACAGCUGUGCAUACUCUCCUCCAUAUUGUUGUGGUUGUGUGAGUGAGUGAGUGUCUGACACAGCUGUGCAUACUCUCCUCCAUAUUGUUGUGGUUGUGUGAGUGCGUGAGUGUCUGACACAGAUUUGCAUACUCUCCUCCAUAUUGUUGUGGUUGAGUGAGUGUCUGACACAGAUUUGCAUACUCUCCUCCAUAUUGUUGUGGUUGAGUGAGUGUCUGACACAGAUUUGCAUACUCUCCUCCAUAUUGUUGUGGAGUGAGUGAGUGAGUGAGUGUCUGACACAGAUAUGCAUACUCUUCCCAUAUUGUUGUGGUGGAGUGAGUGUCUGACACAGCUGUGCAUACUCUCCUCCAUAUUGUUGGGGUUGUGUGAGUGAGUGAGUGUCUGACACAGCUGUGCAUACUCUCCUCCAUAUUGUGGUGGAGUGAGUGAGUGAGUGUCUGACACAGAUAUGCAUACUCUCCUCCAUAUUAUUGUGGUGGAGUGAGUGAGUGAGUGAGUGAGUGAGUGUCUGACACAGAUAUGCAUACUCUCCUCCAUAUUGUUGUGGUGGAGUGAGUGAGUGAGUGAGUGAGUGUCUGACACAGAUAUGCAUACUCUCCUCCAUAUUGUUGUGGUGGAGUGAGUGAGUGAGUGAGUGUCUGACACAGAUAUGCAUACUCUCCUCCAUAUUGUUGUGGUGGAGUGAGUGAAUGUCUGACACAGCUUUGCAUGUACAACUUAAAUCUGAAGAGUGAUCAAUUCAUGCAUGACUGCACACAACGCACAGUGAGUCCUGAUUGCAGGUGGCUCCCCACAACGCACAGUGAGUCCUGAUUGCAGGAAACUGACAACAGUUUGUGUUGUAAAGACAUCUACAGACCACGUGUCAGCCCCAAUAUUGUUGACUGGGGACCCAGGAACUAUUGACAGAGACAAUUAUUCUUACAGAAUAAUACUAUGACAAAUAUCUGCUGUGAAUUCACUCUUCACACAAUUCUUCUCUUAACAGCCUUCUUCAGCUGAACUCAGUUAGCUCUGAUUGUGAAUACGUGUGUAAUAACUAACCACAGUCCCACCUGGGAUAACAAGCAGGUGAAUGUGUGAUAUAGGAAGUAUUACCCAGUUGAGCACACACUCCAUGCAUGUUCAUCGUAUACAUUAUUAUUGACCUUCGUAUAAAACAAACAACUAAAAACUUUCCUAAUUUGUUGAAAAAAACUGAUGGCAAAUAUUGACUUAACCAUUACAACAACAAUAAACAAUUGAAACUUUUCACCACUAAAAAAUAAAAACAUGUUUGAAAUAUGGAAAUACUUCUAAACAGACAGUCUGAGUGAGGACUGGUUUUGGUCUUGUCGCUGUGUAUGACUGAUCUACAUCCCGACCCUCCCUCUCGUCAUAUCCUGGCAGUCAGAGCUGGCGAGUUGAACUUCCUUGUUUCUUGUCUGUGUGUUGUCGCAAGGACCUACUAUCACCGAGCAGCAUGGAGGCCAACACACUGUACAUUCUCCUGGCAGUCACGUCUCUGGGGCACGCCUCUGGUCUGAUUCGGAUGUGUACCGACCAGGAGACAAGCAGCUCCCAGACCCCCGUGAUAUUAUACAUGGGUGAGGGGGUUAACUCUACUGCUCCUGUUUGCUCCUGUCAACUUCAAUCACAAAUGGACUUCUAUGUCACAUUAAAGAGGUUCAAACCUACAAAUGACAACCCGAGGCCUGGAAGUGUCCUUAUCAAUGUGGAAUUCCACAUGACAAUAAACAAUACGUCUGUCAACAUGUCGUAUGGUCUAGAUCUGCCUACAAUGCAAAAUGAUUUGACCGGAUCUGACUGUUUGAUACAUUCGGGAAACUCCUCACAAUCCAUCAUACCAGAGUCCUGCUGGAAUUACACAACAGAAAGAACUAUCACCUUGGAGGCGUUCCAAAACUUGACGCAGAACGGCCAUCUGUAUCUCAGCGUUUUUGGUGCAGGUAAUAUUAAUUUCACCUGUAAGUCAAAGUCUGAGGAAGAAUCUUUCCGGGGCAACGACAUUCUGAACUUACAGACAACCACCACCAGUCACCUGUACAACGCCAGCCCCAGCACCAGCCCCAACCCCAGCCCCAGCCCCGGCGCCAGCCCCACAUCCAUGGCCCAUGGAGAAAAUGGGACCAUGAUUGCUGGGAUCAUAAUGUUGUGUCUUGCUUUCGUUGUGUUGGGAGCAGCUGUCAUAACAUUCGGGCUGAUUUACAGGAAGAAACAGUUAUCGAAGAAAAGACGCCAGCGAGACCGAUUGAAAGCCUCUACUCAUAUGGACUGGACCCCGGAAACUGUAACCUAUGAAGACAUGGAUGAAGAUCUGUGUACAAAAGAAAAAUCCCAAACCACCACAGAAAAUGUCCUGAAACUAGAGACUGAAACCUAUGCACUGGCUAGAGACCCUGGCCUUGACCCCUGCACCAUGGUCAGCGUUCAGGACAAAAGCCAGUAUGAUGUUGCCCAUGUAAGUGUGAGCAAAGUUGCAGCACCAUCGGGUGAUGUUGACGAAAAGGAUGAUACAUAUGACGUGGCUGCCUGUUGCACAAACAGACAACAGAGUCACUUGCUGUCUGAUGGCCGGUACAGCACCGCCGCCACAGCCGAUUCCCACGCUGAUGUUUCUGUGAAUCAUCCAGGCCAUGGUGAUGAACAAAGUCUAACUGCUGCUGUGACAAGUUCCACAUCACCAAGAGGAGGAGUCCGCAGUGUAGAGCAGAUAGCUUUUGAUGAAGAACUAAAGACACCAUUGGAUGAGACCACAAGUCACUCUUUGAGCCUGGUGAGGCAGAAUUCUGUGGAAGUAAUCUCCCUUGAAUCUUGCGAUACUGGGCCUGAAGAUGGCGUGGAUAGCCACGAUGCUGAUAUGCAUGUGACUGAAUUCAGUGAGGAGGAGUUUGAAAAUGUGCCAUCACCAAAAUAUGGUCAAACGAGUGACGAUGAAGAGAUCUAUGUGAACCAGAUGGUAAGAAAGGGCAGCUACAGCAGUGAUAAUGAAGGGAAAACCUUGGAAGAGUCCACAAAUCUAUCCCCAACAAGGGCAGACAACAAGUCGACAGGUUUACCCCCUUUAAAAACAAGGGCAGACAACCAAGGGACGAGGUUACCCUCUUCAAAAACAACGGCUGACAAUCAGAGGCUGAGUUUACCCCCUUCAAAAACAAGGCCAGACAACCAGAGGAAAAGUGUAUCCCCUUCAAGGACAAGGCCAGACAACCAGAAGAAAAGUGUAUCCCCUUCAAGGACAAGGCCAGACAACCAGAAGAAAAGUGCAUCCCCUUCAAGGACAAGGCCAGACAAUCAGUUGGGUUCAUCGCCUGUGAUCAGUAACGUGCCUUUCAGGCCAGUGCUCCACAGUGUGCCUUCAGCAGCAUCUACAGUUGAUGACGAGGAGAUUUACCAAAAUGUUACCUCGGAAAGGACAAAUUCCACAGCAUCAUUGCUAACCAUCAGUUCAGGUUCUGACAAACCUUAUGAAAACCUCAUCGGAGGACGACCUUAUGAACCAGACCCAGAAACCCCAGCAUGCUGCCCCCCCCACAAUGAGUCCAACUCCAGUGCGGUUGUUGUCGUGAUUCUGCCUGGGCAGGAUUCAAACCCAGCCGAAGAGGAGGAGCCCGAACCAAUGUCCAAAACAAGUCCACAAAAAGUUGGUCACAAACAUUCUUUUUCUGUUGAUGAAGCUUCUAAAAUCCCAAGACCACUCAAAAGAAAGAACCGAACUAGAAGUGAUGACACAGAUUUGCUGAUCCAUCCCAGCUCGAGUUCCGAGGAAGAUGUCUUGGUGAUGGUCAACAACAACUUGUAUGAAGACAUUAACAAGGGUCAGUUGGCAACAUCCAACAAAAAACCUGCUGCUCAAAAGGUCAUUGCCAAAACAAUACCGGAUGACUUACAGGGCAGGGUCAAAGCCCAGACGACCUUGAAGCAGCAACCUGGACCUGUUGCAACAAGUUCCUCCAAUCAGCAUCUCGAUGAUGACAGCGAUGAAGGGCUUGUUAUGAUGGAGAACGACACGUAUGAAUCCCUGAAGGGGUGUGUGUCGAUCUUCCCCUCCUCUGUCGCAUCACAGAUCAGGAAGAAGGUCGAACACGAUAAUCCAAAAAGUCCCUUGGAUAAAAAUGAGUUCUUUUCUAACAAAAGGCUAUAAACAACAUUGUAGUUUGUCUUCACUGUUACUGUGACACCUCCUGCACUGGUGGGCAUAGGAUCAAGACUGGGUGCCAGUCCUUCCGUCAUACACGUUGCACAGUGUAAUCUGGUGUGCCUGCAAGGCGGGUGUGGAAACUCCAGGCUCAAGACAACACAGUACUUUAAACUGACAAAUUGAUGUUUGCAUAUAUUUCGCUCAUCCCUUGGUCUGCAACAGCUCGAAGCACUUCUAAAAUGGUGGCGCAACUACCACUUGGUUGCCUUGCCCUUAUGAAGAACCCUCAAGACAAAACAGUACUUUAAACUGACAAAAUGAUGCAUAUUAGAUGACACUUGCAGAAUAUGUUGCAAUUCAUCUCAUUUCAGUCUUUGGCCAAAACGUAUGAAAACUGAGCUCAUUCAGUUGGUAGUACCUGUUAAGACUCCUUUACUUGAUGUGUGCAAUUAGUUGAAAAUAUAUUUAAGCAUUGACACUGUGCCUGUACACUUCCAACGUGAAGUGUUCAUUUUGUUCAGACUUGGUCAGUUUACAAUCAGAUCAGACCACUGUGAUGCAGACUGUUGUCGUGCUACAGAACCCACUCACUCACUCACUCAUCCCAGCAGACAUUGUAGCUACUGAUUUAUUAGAAUAAGUGAGAAAAACAUUUAUCUCUGUAUAUAUUUUCAAACAGUCUCAUUGAAAUCGGAUCUUUUACUUGGAUAAGCAAUACCUAUCUGUGUGUAGAUCUGAGAAAGCCGCAUUUCGGAUAAGGUUUCAAAGAUAAUAUUGGUUUCUGAGACACAGAAAUCAGCUUGUCUGAACGCUUCGCUCACUAGAAUUGAGAAUUCAGAAGCCUGUAAGCUGAUUGGUUGAUUAGAAAGUGCACCAGACGUUAUAAUGUACGUGUCCUCCGAUCUUUAAGCAAACAUUGGCACGUUGCAAGCCACGUAUUGCUUAGAGUUAGCAAAUUAAUUGCUGAUCCCGGGGUCUGCAACAGCUCGAAGCACUUGCGCACUCUUCCAAAAUCACGGCGCAACUACCUCUUGGUUGCCUUGCCCUAAUGAAGAAUGUAAUAGAAGAGGUUUGAUGACGAACUGAAAAAAUUUAUGACUACUUUGAAGAUGGGGAGCAGACUAAGGAUGAUGGGGUGCUAGCUGCCUUUUCCUCUUUUACCAGUUGAUCCAGUCAAGACAUCAGUCAGCAAUUAGUACAAUUGCAAGUGGCUGAAACCGCUGUACAUCGCUUCCAAGCGAUUGGCGCUUUGCAACACACCCCGGGUGUCAUAUAACAGUAAAAGAUGUGAGUUUCCUCAAAACAUCCAGCAUCAAGACUAACCUGCCCACACAGCCAUGGUGUUCAUUGCUGAUGUUAGACAGGUACACACUUUGUACCAUGGUGUUUCAGAACAUACUUCAGACAAGAACCUUGGUUAUAGCAGGUGAUUCCAUCUAAGGCCCAAAUAUUUCUGGCAAGCAGUCCAAUGAUGAUGUCUUCACAGGUGGCACUGUUAGAAGGAGGUGGUUUUGGUACUGCAGAGAGCGCCCAUUCUUGUAAGGUGUAAUCAGUUCUGUCAAGUAGGCUGGAGCUAGAUGGUUGACACAUUUGUAGGCAAAGAGAAGAAGUUUGUAGUCAAGUCGUGCAGGUAUCGGCAACCAGUGUAGGUUCUCUAGAAUCGGGGUUAUAUGUUCAAAUUUGUGGGUUCUUGUGACGAUUCUUGCAGCAGCAUUCUGCAGUAGUUGAAGUCGGUGUAUUUGUUGUUGACUGAUGUUUCUGUUGUUUUACCUUCAUAUUCUAUGUGCAAUCAUUUGUAAAUAUUACCCUCAAGAGACUUGCCUUCAUGUUUUAGUAUUCUUUGGAAGUUUGUUUCCAUUGUUCUACUCAUGUUUUCAGUAUUUUCUAAAUAAAUAUGUGAAAAA